AUGGCUCUCAACGCAUGUACGAAGUUUCAAGUAGCUCGAUUGAUCAGACCAACAGCUUCCUAUCACCCCGCAAUUAGUAGCAUCCGAUAUUAUUCUGCACCCCCCCAGAGCACGAUACCGGCCGCAAAGCUAAAAUACAUCCCUACGAGUGGCACAUACCCCAAAGGAUUUCUAGUUUCUGGAACUCAUGUAGGAGUUAAACCAACCAACAAGUCUACACCAGAUCUUGCUUUCCUUGCUUCCGAGACGCCAUGUGCCGCUGCGGCAGUGUUCACGAAGAACAAGUUCCAAGCAGCUCCGGUUACUGUUAGCAGAAAGAUGCUACAGAGAAGGAAUAAUGCUGGAAUUCGCUCAAUUAUUAUUAAUUCGGGAUGUGCAAAUGCUGUGACUGGAAAGGGUGGAAUGGAGGAUGCUGAGAAGAUGGGAGCUGAAGCUGACAGAUGUUUUGAUACUCCGAGUGAUGGCAAAGGUGGGAGCUCAAUAGUUAUGAGCACUGGCGUUAUUGGUCAAAGAUUGCCUAUUCAGAAAAUAUUGCUCAAAAUUCCUUCUGCUUUUGACGGAUUGGGCAGCUCUCACGAGCAUUGGUUGGCGACCGCAACCGCCAUCUGUACCACCGACACCUUCCCAAAACUCUUAUCUCGAACAUUCUCCUUACCCUCAUCCCCAGAAGUUGUAUACAGGAUGGCUGGUAUGACAAAGGGUGCGGGAAUGAUCCAUCCGAAUAUGGCGACUUUAUUAGGAAUGAUUGCAACAGAUGCACCCAUCGCACCGGCAUUACUGCCUUCACUACUCACAAAUGCCGUUAAUAAGUCAUUCAAUAGUAUCUCUAUUGAUGGCGAUACUUCUACAAACGAUACUGUUGCUAUUUUGGCAAACGGAGCAGCAGGGGGGAAAGAGAUCACCUCCGAAUCGUCCGAAGAUCAUGCUGCAUUCCAAAAGGUUUUGACCGAGUUUGCUACUGAUCUUGCCAAGCUUGUCGUUCGAGAUGGUGAAGGUGCAACUAAAUUCGUUACUAUUCGCGUAACAGAGGCCCCUUCAGAGAUCGGAGCGCGCAAAAUCGCUAGUACGAUCGCAAGAUCUCCGCUGGUGAAGACCGCACUGUAUGGUAAAGAUGCAAACUGGGGCCGAAUUCUGUGUGCUACUGGCUAUUCCCAGAUCUCAGAGCCGGGAGAGCCGAUAAAUGAAGUUUCCGAAAUCGUCCCUGAGAAGACUAGUGUCUCAUUUAUCCCCUCAGACGGCUCACCAGAACUCAAGCUUUUAGUGAACGGAGAGCCAGAAUCAGUGGACGAAAAUCGUGCCGCAGAGAUUCUCCAACAUGAGGACUUAGAAAUCUUAGUAAGGCUUGGUGGUGGAAAGGAAGAAGCAGUGUACUGGACUUGCGAUUUCAGUCAUGAAUACGUUACAAUUAAUGGAGACUACAGGACUUAA